AAUCUUUGGAUUAAAAAAGAAAAAAGCCAUAAACCCUAGAGUGAAAAAAUAUCAAUAAUUCAAAACAGAAUUUGACUUCUGUUAUUAUGGAGAAGGAGAAUGCAACAUAUAACUAAGAAGAAGAAGAACUGAUUCUCUUUUAAUUUGAUAUGGGUGACGGAAAGAGGGAGGAAGAGAUGAUCAACGACGGUGACCCUUUGAUGAACGCUACGGCGGAGGAAAUUGAGGUGGCGAGAAUCCUGUUGGAGCUGCCAUAUCUAAUCGGUGGGGGAGAGUGUCGACUUUGGUCGUGUUUUACUUGGGGUGGAAGGAAGAGGAGAACGGAUGCCGAUAGUGACGACACCGCCGGAUCAUUACCUCGUGUCGAAUCAUCAUCAUCACCGACAACAACGUCACUGCCAUACCUUCAUCGAACUGAGGAGGAGGACAUUGCACUGCCCAGUAAAAACGUUGAUCAGGUUUCAAGUCCUGCUAGGCCUCGCUCUUUCUCACCGCCCAGUCGUCAUCAAUCUGAAGACAAGCCUAAGAAUUUAAAGAAAAAUGGUUCUAGUAAAAAUAGGAUAGAGGAAUUGUUGGGGGAGAAUGACAAGUUAAGCAAAGAAAUUGAAGAGAUAAAAGUGGAGAACGAGAAAGUGCAGAAUUACCUAGAUAAGCUCAAGUCUUACAAUCUAGCUUUGAAAGCAAGGAAAGCAAAGUUUGAGAAGCCUCAUCUGGAAGCUGAGAAAAGCUUAAAUCUAGAGACAGAAUUGGCCAGUGACCACCAUCAGCAACUUCCAGCUUCCCAGUUUUAUCAGGGGCCGUUCAUCCUUUAUCAGACGGCUGAGCCAUUGCAAUUGAGCAUUGCAUCGGGUAAGGCCCAUGAAUUUUGGAGCCCAGUUAGUAUCUCCGAUCUCAACGUCCCUGCAAAGAUGGAAGUUGGGCUGGAUUUUGGGGCCAGGGUCAGGGGUGCCGCUGAAGCAAGACAAGGGAGAAGGGCCGUAUGUAAAUUGAAGAGUACUAAGGGCUCUAUUUCUACUAGGCCACAAGAUGGUAGAUAACUUCUUUUUUCUUUUUCCUUUUUUUUUUUUUUUUUUUUUUUUUUU